AUGGUUGUAGACGGGCUCACAAUCCACCUGCCGAACUGGGAGGACCGCGGCUGGAUCGGUGUAAUAAAUGUACCUCUGCUUAAGGACGCUGUCGCCCGGUUGCGUGCCAGAUCCGCUCCGAUGUUUCUUCAGUGGGUCAAAGGCCAUUCGGGCGUCCCGGGGAACGAAGGGGCAGACAUCCUGGCGAAACUAGGCGCGGACGCGCCCGCGGGGGACGCUAUGCCACCACCGAACUCGGCUUUCCUCGCAAGCGGAUGCAAACUAAGCUCCACCACUCAGCGCCUGGCGUACAAAGCAAUUAAACUAUGGAAGAACACACCCUCACGUCGCCAAACGGAGAUACUUACCGUGCGAAUCUCGGCUACCCUCCACGAAGACUGGAAUAGUUCCCUCAAACCGGGAGAGAUUUGGAGAGCUCUCCGUCGUGAUGACACCAGGAGAUCGCUGCGCGAUUUCUGGUGGAAAGCUCUACACGGUGCUCUCAAAAUUGGCACUUACUGGGACAAUAUCCCUGGCUAUGAGCAGCGCACGUCCUGCUCCCAUUGUGCAGUCCCGGAAAGCCUUGAACACAUUUGGAAUGAGUGCGACGCCCCGGGAGCCCUUGUAAUCUGGAGAAACGUACUUGACCUCCUCCGAAGAGCAGGAGUUACAAUACCACAGCUACAUUUCGCAGCGCUGCUCGCGGCGCCGGCUAUAUCUAUUAAAUGCGCCGACGGUAAGGCCAUACCGGGACGGACUCGCCUCUUGCGCAUUGUGCUUACGGAAUCCUGCCAUCUAAUUUGGAAGCUGCGAUGUGAGCGUGUUAUCGGCAGAGAAGGAGAUCCAGAACGCUACCAUUCCCUACGGGAGAUAAGAAGACGCUGGCUACACACGAUAAACCGCCGCCUCCACAUGGACCAGGCCCUGUCUUCUCCCGCCCUGAGGCGCAGAGCUCUUAACAAGAAACUCGUCUGCGCGACAUGGCAAGGUCUGCUCGAAGACGAGCACGCACUGCCCAACGACUGGACUAGUUAUCCGGGGGUUUUAGUGGGUAAGCCUGUUUUCUGGGACCACGGUUGA